GUGAAUGCAGCUAGUAGCGGAGAGGAUGGGGCUGCGGUGACCGGAGAUCAGGAGGAUCCCGUUAUAACGGAGAUUUCAGCCUUUGCAAUGAAAAGGGUGAAAUCGGCGGCAAAACCGCAGCAUUUCUGCACCAAAAUCAAAGCAAUUUUGCUGCUGCCUCCCAUCUCCAGAGUGGAUAUUGUAAGAGUGAUCCAGGAGGAUAUGUUGCCCUGACUGAGGAGAAUCAACAAGAUGGCUGCACAAAAGAUCCGAUCCGCUAAUGCCAACGGCCUGCCGCGCUGCAAGUCUGAAGGAACACUCAUUGAUAUUAGUAGCAGUGCCCCUGAUGAAAGCCUUAGUGAUGUCAAGGUGCUGUCACCAAGCUCUUUGCGUAUAGACAGUCCUACAUCCCUCGAUAAUGUAAAGGAGGUGGUUGCUAUUAAGGAUUAUUGUCCCAGUAACUUUACCACCUUGAAAUUUUCUAAAGGAGAACAUCUGUACGUGUUGGACACUUCUGGGGGUGACUGGUGGUAUGCGCACAAUACAACAGAAAUGGGUUACAUACCAUCUGCUUAUGUUCAACCUGUCAACUAUCGGGACUCUUGUCUUAGUGACAGUGGUAUGAUAGAUGGAUUGAUGGAAAGCAUUGAUGAAGGUGUUAAAGAGCUGGAUCUCUUAGGUGACUGGACUGAUAUCCUCAAUCAGAAAGCUGUCAAAACGAAUAACAACAACCCCUUCUUGCGGCCAACUGUUUCAAACCCCUUUCUGAAUGGUCCAGUGAAUGUUCCGCAGAAGAUAGCCGCGGAUUCUGGAAAUUCAGUUGAUUUACUGAUGUUUGAUCCAUUAGCACCAUCUUCUGCUAGCUCUACAGAAACCAGCACUGAUGUGUUCUUGGAAUUUUUACCACGUGCCAAUCAAAUAGAUGUAAUGGAAGAGACAGCCCCUGUAAAAAGGGACAACCCAUUUUUCCGGAGCAAGCGUUCCUACAGCCUCUCCGAGCUGUCCAUUCUCCAGGCAAAGUCUGAUAAUCCAGCCACGGGCAGCUUUUUUGCUGGUCUCAAGUCCCCAGCUCCUGAGCAGUUCCAGAGCAGAGAAGAUUUCAGAACUGCAUGGCUCAAUCACCGCAAGCUGGCCCGGUCCUGCCAUGAUCUGGACUUGUUGGGCCAGAAUCCUGGCUGGGGUCAGACUCAGCCUGUGGAAACUAGCAUUGUCUGCAGGCUGGACAGCUCUGGGGGUGCCGUGCAGCUGCCGGAUACAAACAUUAGUAUUCAUGUCCCAGAAGGACAUGUAGCCACUGAUGAGACGCAGCAGAUCUCACUCAAAGCCUUGCUUGAUCCUCCACUGGAACUCAACAAUGAUAGGUGCUCAACAGUAAGCCCUGUGCUGGAAAUCAAACUUAGUAAUAUGGAGGUGCAGACCUUUCUGACAUUAGAGGUAAAAGUCUCUGUACAGCUAAAAUGUAAUAUACUUGCUCCAAACAACAUUGGCAUAAAGUGCUUGCGGAGUGAUGCAAAAGAAGGUCCUUACAAUUUAUUGCCACAUUCUUAUACAUAUGGGGACACCAUUCAAGUAAAGUUGGAAAACUUAGAACCAAUUAUGUAUGUUGUGAUGGUUGUUCAAGCCCAGACCAUGGUACCCCCUUCUACUGUGUGGGAAUAUGUUAACAAGAAGGUAACUGUUGGAGUAUAUGGUCCCAAACAUGUUCAUCCUACAUUUAAAGCUGUACUUGCUAUAUUUGGUCAUGAUUGUGCCCCUAAGACCCUUUUGGUCAAUGAGGUAGGCCAGCAAUCCCAUGGAGUUGCACCCGUAACCUUACAGCUGUGGGGGAAACAACAGUUUAUUCUUCCCAAACCUCAAGAUCUGAAACUUUGUCUUUACUCCAACAUGACACAUUAUAGAGUGGAAGAUGGUGACCAGGGCAAAAUUGUAAGAGGGUUUCAACUUAAACUAGGCAAAGUCAGCCGGAUCAUUUUUCCAAUUAAUUGCCAUGACCCUGAACAGCUUUCCGACUUCACUCUUAGGGUGCAGGUUAGAGAUGAAGUGGGUAAUGUCUUAUCACAGUACUGUGUACAAACGCCAAGGCCACCUCCAAAAACUGGUCUGAAAUCCACAGGACCAAGAAGAUUUCUUAAGAAAAAAGAAAUUGGAAAAAUAGUUCUGUCCCCUCUAGCUGUUACAUGUAAGUAUCCUACAUUCCAGGAACUGCCAAUAACCAACCUAAAAUAUGGCAAACUACUAAAAACUGUUGUGCGACAAAGUAAAAACCCAUAUCUACUGGAGUACAAGAAGGGAGAUGUGAUAGCACUUCUGAAUGAAGAGAAGAUUAGACUGAAGGGACAGUUAUGGACUAAAGAGUGGUACAUUGGUUAUUACCAGGGCAAGAUAGGACUGAUUCAUGCUAAGAAUGUGCUCGUUGUAGGAAAAGCAAGACCAAAUCUUUUCUCGGGGACGGAAUUGACUACAAGCACCCUUUUAGAGCAAAUCCUGCGACCUUGCAAGUUUUUAACCUAUAUCUAUGCCUCAGUUCGUACCCAGUUAAUGGAGAACAUUGGCAGCUGGAGAUCCUUUGCUGAUGCCCUUGGUUAUGGAAAUCUACCCCUUUCUUACUUCUGUCGUGUGGAAUUGGAGAAUGAGACUGAAAGAGUGGCAUCUGUAUUGGAGAAACUGAAGGAGGAAUGCAACAACAAUGAGGGCAAGGAAAGGAAGUCAUUCCAAAAGGAGCUGAUUUCGGCCUUACUGAAAAUGGACUGCCAAGGCCUGGUGGUCAGGCUUAUUCAGGACUUUGUAUUGCUCACCACUGCAGUUGAGGUAGCCCAGCGCUGGCGAGAGCUGGCAGAGAAACUGGCAAAGGUGUCAAAACAGCAGAUGGAGGGCUACGAAGCCCCUCACCGUGACAAAAAUGGAGUACUGGACAGUGAGGCCAUGUGGAAGCCAGCCUAUGAUUUCCUUCUUACAUGGAGCGCACAGAUUGGGGACAGCUACCGGGACGUCAUCCAGGAGCUCCACACAGGCCUGGAUAAAAUGCGCAGUCCCAUCACCAAGAGAUGGAAGCAUCUCACAGGGACUCUGAUUCUUGUCAAUUCUCUGGACUCUCUGAGAGCAAAUGCAUUCAGCACACAGGACCAGGAGGACUGCAUCAUCUAACCUUCACAUUGAGUUGGACCGAUUGAGCAAAGGAUCUCUACGGGAAUGCAUUAAAAGCCGGCCAAGACAAAUGCAGCCUGCGAUGGCCGUUUUGAUAUUGUGAAUUUUGGACUACGUUGGCCACUAAUGCACCGUAACGUUCCUGCGAACUGUUGUAUAUUAGUGAAGCAGAUUAACUCUUUGGUUAAGGGUUAUAUCUGCACCUUCUGUUUAAUAUUUUUUAAAUCCAUGCAGACAUGUUUUUUUGUUAGUCUGUACACUGGAUGACCCUGUCUUUUAGUCGCCGGUUCGCUCUUGUUUGCUCUAUCUCUAGGGUGUGUGUACAGUGUAAAUAAGUGGCGAUGGUUUAAAACACAGGGUGGUUUAGAGGCAGAGAUUUAAUCCUCCUGACUCCAUGUCUUGACGUUUGGUUUCUGAAGGAGCACAAUUGCAUUCUAUUCAUUGUAUUUUACCUUUUUGACUUUUCCUCCUUAUAGUUGUUUAUGGCCUCCUUGCACACGGUCGUUUGACUGCUAGUUCAUGUUCUGCAUGGAACAUUUUAUAUGACUAUGACCUAUGUUUUUUUUGUUUUGUUUUUUUUAUCAUGUGAUUUUACUUCUCGUUUUGGCUAAUUGUAGCCAUGUAGAUAUGUAGUUCUGUCCCAGAACCCUGUCCCUAACUAUAUGUAGGACAUCUACAGGACAAUCUUUUGUCACACGUGCCUGUUUGAAGCAAUACACAAAGUGGGUUUAACAUGGCAGAACUUGAUGCUUUUAACCGAUAUCGUGCAAUGUAGUCUGACCUGGUCUAACCGCUCUUGCCUGGUAAUCCUAUAGUAGUCCGCCUGGUUUUAUUAGCGGUCCAGUUAAUGGUCUCGAUCUCUCUGACCGGUGCACAGGUUAAUGUUUUCGCUGUGCCUUAUACCUGUUGUAUUAUGACAGCGCUGCUCCCGCUAGGCAGAUAGGCUUACAAUUCCUACUCAUACCAUAGUGAGUGUGUCAGUGUUUGAGUCUUUCAUUAUAUGUCUGCUUUCACAGCUUGGUGGAUACCAAAUGAAUGG